AUGAAAAAGAUUUCAAAGAGAAAAGAAGAUAUUUUUAGAAAAAUGUCAGAAGACACAGAUAACACUGCAGGAAAAGAAAAUGUAGAGAAGCAUCUCCAAAAAGAUUUGAAUGUAGAAGAAAAUCGAAGCAUAAUAGAAACUCUGAGAAGCAAAGUAAGAGAAAAGCUAAAAAAUGCCAAGAUUAAUCAAGGUGAAAAAUCAUCAACUCAACUGCUCAUUGAUAAUAAGAUAUAUCAGUGGUCUAAGGCUGAAGUUCCACUGGAUGAAGGUCUUUCAUUUUUCGUUCUGAGUGGUGAAGAAGACUCAACUAAAGGCCAAUCUGCAGAGCAGAGAUCAGUAAAUGGUAGUUACCACAAACAUUUUUCACUUGAUGAUGAUUUACAGAACUUUUCUGAGGGCCAAGAUGAAGAUUUUGUGGAAGAAGUCAUUUUCCCAGAUUUACUUGAAGUAAAGGCUGCUGAUUAUGAAGAUGACCAAGAACAAAUAAAAAAACAACAGGCAAAUAUUUUUAUUCCAAGUAGUUCUCCAGUGAUCAACCAGCUUAAACUGCCAGAAGAUAUGAUGCCACGCAUUUUAGAAGAAGAAGGAUUCUAUAUUCAGAAAAAGCCAGAAAUAUAUAAAAAGACCUGCAACAAAAUGGAAAAUCGCCUGCUUAAACUAGAAGAGGGAAAGUGUUGGUUUGAAGAAAGUGGAGAAAUAAUGUCAUUACCUUCACCUAUUAGACGGUCAUGGAAUUUCAGACUAAACAUAAGCAAGGAACCUUUAAAUCCAGCCCUGAAGACCAUGUAUAGAAAGGCAGUGAAAUCUGAUGUAGAAAGCUCUGUUAGGAACAAAAUGGAAGGUCGAAGGGAAAUGUACCAAUUAGAUCUCAAUAUAGUGGGUUUGCAAUUCAGUCAUCAUCCUCUCUUCAAUCAAGAACAAGUAUUAUGUGCUAGGCUGCUCCAACUUUAUGAGUGUUUUCAGGACAGGCGGCAACAGAAUUUACCACAGCUGCUUUAUGAGAAGCUUAAAGCACUGACGGAUGCUACCAAAUUAGCAAAUGAAAAUUCGGAAAUAAGCCAGCUGACCAGAAAAUCUUUGCAGGAUUAUUAUUGGCAGAUAAGUAAUACAAAACAACUCUAUGAGUUAGAAAAGGAAAAGGACUUUUCCCUACUACACAGUAUAUUACGGACUUGGAAACAGAUAAAAUCCCUUCGACAACGACAAGGGUUUACAAGCACUUCAGUAAAGUUACAGUUUCAGAGGUUGAAAAUGAAUAAAUGUGAUGAACAAAAACAAGAAUUGUCAAAAAUGUGGGGGACUGAGAAGAAAACUGAAGGAAAAGCAUUUAAGAACAGGAAGAAACAGGAGAGCUUCUCAUUUUUAGCUUCAGAAUUUGAAGAAACAGAUAUUGAAAUAGCAGAUCCAAUUACCAUGAUACCACAACUUUCUUUCACAGCAGAAUUAACAGACUUAUCUAGAUGUUCACUGUACGAACAAAAGAGGAGAGCCAAAAUUCAAAAGCUUAAAUAUUUUAUUAAAAUCUUAUACAAUGAUAAACAGGUUUCUUGCACUUCAAUUUCUCCUCUACAGUUUGAUUUUAAAGUCAUGUUCCAGCAAAUUUUCAAUAUUCAGUUAAUAUAUUGGCCGGAAACAAUUUGCUUGGAGGUUUAUGAAAUAAGUAAAAGGACAUGCUUAUUGGCAAAACUAUAUUUACCCUUACCUAACAGCCCAGAAUUGAAAAGCAAAACUAUUCUGGAAUAUCUAGAAUUUAGCUCUGAUAAACUGGUCAUACCUGCAUAUGGAGAAGUAGGAAGCAAUGUGCCCUUUCUUCUUGAGGAAAAUGGAACUGAAGAACUUUGUCUUUUGACAUCAGGAAAACUAAGCUAUUCUUUAUCAUGGGCCUUAGAUGAAAAUGGUAUUCCUCUAACACCUGUGUCACAGUCAUUACAAUCUGCUUUCUGCAGUGUGUUAAGGAAUGUAGAUGCAAGAGGUGUUCCUGAAAUUCCAUGGCUUAUUAAUGCACAGAAGCUUUUUGAAUGGGCCAGUGAGGUCAGAAUUGACCCAAAUAACCCAGAAUGUUCUGAUUUAAUGGAAUUUAUUAUGUACAUAAAACAUAAAGGACAGGAUAUUCCAAAUUAUUUUCGUCUUGAACAGUUGCAAGAUGAAUUUAACUUUGUUUCUGAAGAGGAAAUGAAAAAGAGUAAACGUUUCCAGCUAUUGCAACUUAGAAAUGCUGGUCAAUUAGAUGUUUUCCUUCUGCAGCAAAUGCCCCUUUAUGACAGAGAGAUUCCAGAUUUAGUCUUCCAGGAAUAUGAAAGUCAGAUAGAAAAGGAUAUGUCCAUUUCAGAUGUGAAUUCUAUUACUGCACAAAGGAUUAAUUCUGCCAAUUUUCUGCAAAAGAUGAGAAGGUUGGUAAUGAGAAGAAUUGUCAAAGUUAGCAAAUUUAACUUAUCAGAUAUUGUGGCUGAUUAUGAAGAAAUUGUAUCUGCAAGCCAGUUGACAUAUGCAGUUUGUAAGCUUCUUGAACAACGAAGAAAGUUAAAGCCUCAGAGGAAAGAAAGGAAAAAAGUGGCAGCACAGACUGUCUGUGAUAGAAAUAUUAAGAUUCUUAUCAGAAUACUGAGAGCUUAUAAUAUUCCUACAAGGAAAACAACAGUUAAUAGAUCCUUGGGUAUGCCUACUUAUUUGGUAUCAUCCAUGUCUCGCCUCAGACAUAAAGAAACAAUCAAAUCAUUAGCCUCAGAUGAAAUCUUAAAUGAGGAUACUGUACACCCCUUUGUGGAGGUUUCCUUUCAGCACACUGUAUACCAAACCAGCAUUGCCAGUGGAUCUCAUCCAUGCUGGAAUGAAGAAAUUAAAGUAGAUUUUAUCUUACCAGGACAUGAUUGUAACUUCUCAAGUUUAUCUAAAAUAAAAGAUAAUAUAUAUAUCAACAUUUUUGAUGAAAUGAUUAUUGAAAACCAUGAGGAUCGCUGUUUCAAGAGCUGCAGUGGUCAUUCAUAUAUAAGAAAGAAUUGGCUUGGAUCCAUUGUCUUCCCUUUCUCUGCUCUCCUACAACAAUCUGAGUUUUCAGAUCAAAUAGAUGUUUUGGAGAGAGCAUGGAUUUUUACAAAAAAUUGUAAGGCAUUAUUUCCUAAACGAAGAAUCAUCACUACUGUUUUUAAUGAUGAAGGGAUACAGAUCUUAGUAAUAAGAUACAUCAAGGCAUUGAAUCCACCUCAGCAACUCCUGGAUAUGUUUCUUCAUUAUUCUAAUGCGACACUUGACCUUGUUGCUCACUUUGUAUCUUUGAUUCCUGUUAUGCCUGAUGCACUGGAUGAAAAUGAUGGUUUUAAUAUAUGGAUGACAUCAGAGUGCUGCAUCAGUUUGGCUAUUGGAAAUAAGGAGGAGCAUGCCAUACUUCUGUGUAAUUUCUUCCUGUAUUUUGGAAAGAAAGCUUUGGUCCUUCUAGGAACCUCGGUGUUGGAAGGGCACGUGGCGUAUGUAUUAACUCAGGAAACUGAUGAAUAUUUGCUUUGGAAUCCAUUAACUGGACAGUGUCAUAAGCAGUUUGACCCAUUUUGUCCGUUACAAGGUGUAGAUUGUUUGUUUGAUGGUGAAAACGUCUGGUUUAAUCUGCAGCAGAAUAAUUCACCAAUGGCUGUGUAUUUUGACUAUUCAAAGGAAAGUUUCUGGAAACAGUUGCUUCCAAAAAAUUAUCAAGGAACAAACACACAAAGCAUUCAGCCUGAAGAAAUAAUUUAUUCUGAUACUAAUAAGAGCAUGGUAGAAGAUCUAAAGAACAGGAUUGAAAGAACUCUGAAGUGUAAAAUAAUGGAAUGGCGGCCUAAACAGCCAACACGUUGGAAUAGACAGUGUACUUUCAUUUUACGACAGAUUCUUCCUAAGUUAGAACUUGGUACUGCAAGCUUUGUUUCAUCUGAAGAAGAGAGUGAAUUUGAAAGACUACUACAAUUUUAUUGGGUCACAGGAUUUCCUAUCCAGAUGCCAUACACUGAUGUCCAGUCAGUUAUUGACGCUGUGUAUCAAACUGGAAUUCAUUCUUCUGAAUUUCCACAGACAGAAUUUGCUCUAGCUGUGUACAUUCACCCCUACCCAAACAACAUAUUAUCUGUGUGGGUCUAUUUGGCUUCAUUAGCUCGACAUCAGUGA